UAAUCUCCUGAAAUGACGUUAUAAACACGCGACGCUUGAUGUCAGUCACGUGAGGCGGGGUGUAAAGGAAGACAACAGUGUACAUUCAUCUGCACUGUCUAAAAUGACUACCGCUCUGACUCAAGGCUUGGAGAGAAUACCCGAUCAACUUGGGUACUUGGUUAUUAGUGAAGACGGAGUACUCGCGUCAGCAGGAGAGCUGGAGAAUGACGAACACACAGCAGGAGUGAUCAUGCAGAUGGUCAGAACAGCCUGUCGGUUCAGGUUACAUGGGACAGCAGAGCCCCCAUUCAAACGCAUGUCUGUGAUGUUUGAAGACUACGUCUAUGCUGUGACCAUCUCCGGACAGAAGGUUUUUGUAGUGAAAAGGCAGAACAACCAGCGGGAGCCUGUUAUCGUGUAAUAAAGAGGAUAAUAUGGACUGAUCUUUCCCACUAUUACAAGCUCAAAAUGGUGCCGUUCCAUAAAAAAUGACCCUGUCAAUACAACCGCCUGAUGUUUAGCACAA